CUGCCCGCACCUCUAUUUCUGUAAAACGAAACUCCACCGAGGCCAACUUUCAUUGUAGGUGUUUUAGGCUGCCUGCCACAUCCCGAAACAGAACAACCGUUGAUCCCUGUGUUGCAACUUCUCUCUUCUCAGGCUUUAUAGUUAAUACGAAUAGAAAGCCAUGGCUGUCCACCAGCAGCAGAUCACCACUGUAACAACCACCCAGAGGUCGGGGGACUGGAGCACAGGACUGUGUGACUGCUGCUCUGACAUGGGCACCUGUUGCUGUGCCUUGUGGUGCUUCCCCUGUUUUCAGUGUCAGACGGCCUCCCACUUCGGCUGGUGUCUCUGCAUGCCCCUCCUGGACCCAUGUGCCUUUAUGGCUGUCUCCUGCUGCAUGCGCUCCUCCAUGAGAGAACGCUACGGCAUCCAGGGUUCGACGUGUGGAGACGUCGCAUUGGUGUGUUGCUGCUACGUCUGUACCUGGUGCCAGAUGGCUCGUGAGGUUAAGACUCAGACCACAUCAGGCCCCCAACAGGUUCACGUGGUCACCCAACAAGUUCGCAUGGCUUAGGACCCCAAAAUGAGGGUAGGGACUAGAUGGCAAAGUCUAGAAGGGUCUUAACUGCUGAGCAGGUGCUUUACUAACUUUUUGUUCCUUAUAUUGUGUAAAGGUUAAGGAUCGGGCUUACAGUUUGGGUUUGUGGUUGAAAAAUUACACAAUUUCAUAAUUUCUAGCAUAGCCAAAUAGUGAUGGCCUUAUCGAAAUAGAAUACCAUUCCAGUUUAUAGCAAAGAUAUGUUGAAUGUACUGCAUACUUCAGAUGUGUCUGGAGGAGAGACAUUUUAUACCAUUUACUCAUCUCAUAGUAACCAUUGAAUGUUAAUCUCAGGCUUUAAAGGUCCAGUCCAGUCAAAAAUGUGAUUUGUCUGUGUUUUAUAUAUAUAUUUCCACACUAUGAGGUUGGAAUAAUACUGUGAAAUUGUGAAAAUUAUGAUAAUGCCCUUUUAGUGUAAGAGCUGUGUAAAAAAAACGCCUGAAAUGUCCCCCUGUUUUGGUAGGAGGGAGUUUUGGCCUUCCAUGUUGACAUCACCAGGCUGUAAAUUAGUUAGUGGACCAAUAAGAAAGAGAGUUCCAAACCUCUCUGCCAAUAACAGCAAAUUGUCAGUUUUCCCCUCCUCACUUAAACCACACCCAGACAGUACUAAUUGAAAACAAUCACAGUAAGGUUACCCAGAAAUGAUUUGAUGUUGAAAUAAAAAUGGCUGCAUUGGACCUUUAAACAUUUCUUUUACAGUUUAACAUGUAGGCUACUUGCCUUUCUUGCACACUUUCACUUGUCUUUUAUUACUAUCCCUGACUUUGCUGAUAGUUGCUCUACUGAGAAAAAGUUUGGUCUAUUAUUACUAUUUGGUUGUCUUACCUCGCUACCUAAAGAUGAGUACUUUAGAUAAGUGUUAAAUGACUAAAUGUACUGUUGUAAAUGUAAAAUGCUCGGCAACAGCAUUUAAAAUGGAAUGUUAUAUAUAAAUGAUAGUGUAUGCCAUUUAGCAGACAUGCGGGCAUAAAUAUAACGUACCAGUGGUCCCGGGAAACGAACCCGUUACCCUGGUAGCGCCAUCCUCUGCCAACUGAGCUACAGCGGAACACUGUUUUCUCUGUUGCUUUGUCCUUGAUUUCACCUGCUUGUUCAAUAAGUGUUUUUAAAUAAAGCAUUUACACGUCUUACCUUUA